GUAGUGGCGUUGUGACGUCAUAAGACCGCGGCGCGCUGGGCGUUUGUUGUGAAUCGGCUGAAGAAAGGAAAACUCCUGGUUCAGCUGAGAUCUUGUGACACACUAUUAUAAAGAUGGCGUUUAUUAAAGAGGAGAGUGAAGACAUAAAGAUUGAAGAAGUAUUCAGUGUGAAACAUGAAGAUACUGAGGAACAAACAGACCUAAUGCAGCUGAAAGAGGAGAGUCAAGAACUGGAUGAAUUUGAAGAGAAAAAUCAUUAUAGGAAAGAUCAUGAAAAAUCUUUUAAUUGCUCUAUGAGAAAAAAGGUUUCCUCACGAAAGAGACCUCUGAAUACAGAAACUAUAAGUGACUUUAUCUGCCAACAGUGUGGAAAAUGUUUCACCCGAAAAGCAAACCUUGAUCUCCACAUGAGAGUUCACACUGGAGAAAACCCAUUCACCUGCCAACAGUGUGGAAAUACUUUCAGUCAAAAACAAAACCUUGAAGUCCACAUGAGAAUUCACACUGGAGAGAAGCCUUACACCUGCCAACAGUGUGGAAAUACUUUCAGACAAAAACAAAACCUUGAAGCCCACAUGAGAGUUCACACUGGACAGAAGCCUUACACCUGCCAACAGUGUGGAAACAGUUUCACUCAAAAAUCAAGCCUUAAUGUCCACAUGAGAAUUCAUACUGGAGAAAACCCAUUCACCUGCCAACAGUGUGGACAGAGUUUCAGUCGAAAACGAAACCUUGAAGUCCACAUGAGAGUUCACACUGGAGAAAACCCAUUCACCUGCCAACAGUGUGGAAAUACUUUCAGUCAAAAACAAAACCUUGAAGUCCACAUGAGAAUUCACACUGGAGAGAAGCCUUACACCUGCCAACAGUGUGGAAAUACUUUCAGUCAAAAACGAAACCUUGAAGUCCACAUGAGAGUUCACACUGGAGAGAAGCCUUACACCUGCCAACAGUGUGGAAACAGUUUCACUCAAAAAGCAAGCCUUAAUGUCCACAUGAGAAUUCACACUGGAGAAAACCCAUUCACCUGCCAACAAUGUGGAAAGAAUUUCAGUCGAAAACAAAACUUCAAUGUCCACAUGAGAGUUCACACUGGAGAGAAGCCUUACACCUGCCAACAGUGUGGAAACAGUUUCACUCAAAACUCACACUUUAACACCCACAUGAGACUUCACACUGGAGAGAAGCCUUACACCUGCAGUCUGUGUGGGAAGAGCUUCUCACGAAAAGGAAAUCUACAGAUUCACAUGAGAAUUCACACAAAAGAGAAGCCGUUCACGUGAUCAGUGUGGAAAGAGUUUUUCACACAAAGGACAGAUUAAAGUCCACAUGAGGGCUCACACUGAGAAAACCGCUCACUUGAUCAGUGUGGAAAGAGCUUCACAGACAGUAAACGCCUUAGGAAACAUGAAAUAACUCACACCAGAGAGAAGCUUCACAUGUGCCUUCACUGUGGAAUGACAUGCUUAAGCAAUGCAAGACUUGAUUCACAUAAGAAGUCACACUGGAGAGAAGCCUUUCACAUGUCUUCAGUGUGAUGUGAGUUUCACAUAUGAAAAAGACUUCAAACAGUGGGGAGUGGAGCCUGGCCCAUCACGGUUCUUGUUGUGACAAAUUUGAUGUCUCUGUGUCCCUUCAGUUCUGGUCUCGAAAUAAAACUCACAGAGUCGAAUUUCCAGGUCUCAGAAGUAUUUAACUUUAUUGUCAAGCAACAAAGUGAGAUGCCAGCUCCACAUCUGAAUCUCUCUUAACUGGGGCACAUUUUUCUACAUUUUUCUUAUCUGUUACAGUGUGAGAUCCACCCCUACAGUUAUUUUUCAUGAUCUCAUUUACAGGGGCUCUCCUCCCACACCUCUUUCCCAUGUACUCGCCGACCUUUCUACCAUAGUCAUUUCACUAAUAUUAUUGCAGGUGUUGCUUAUGUAAGAGACAAUUUUCUUAGUAAGCGUGACCAACUUCUAGCUACUGUAUGUAGGAACCGUGGACGAACCAGACAAAUGAAUCAUUCAGAUUAUUCUUUCAAAACAUAAUUCCAGAAACCCAAACUCAGUCUACAGGAAAACCUUGUCAAUUUCUUUUAUGACACCCAUGUUUCCUGACAAAAGGAGGGGUGACCAACUGAAGCUAUUUGUGACAAACCAACUGGUCACCAAGAAGAUAAAGAGUCUUUGAUCUCCAGAUCAAUAGAGACAGAGAAACAAUGCAGGCCUCUUUUGUUUUUCUAAGUGACCUAACUUUACAGAAAAACCAACAAAGACUGUUUCUACAACUAAAACUGCUCCAAACAAUUUGAAAUGGACUUAUCAAACAUCUUUUAACUGCAUACAUUUUAUAUCAUGUCCACAAAUACUACCUGUAAACAGUUAUGCUUUAGAACACCCACAAUUCAUGUAAAUGUGAUAACUUUGAAUGGUUGAAUGAAAGCAUUUAGUGUCGGAUAUGUUUUUAAUUCUCUUCCUCUCUUCUAAAUCCUGGCUUGAAUGAAAUCUGUGUAAAAUGUAUCAUAUUCCAUUUAAUAGAAAUUAUGUCUAAAACAGUACUCUGCCAAAGCAGAGACCGGAGGUAACACCUAUGUAUGAUUGAGGCAGAGAAAAGCCACCUUUUUAAACAGGACAAUAUCUGAUUGACCAAAACUCCUCUCAGAGGUGGGACAAACACCUAAGUUUAAAUAGUCAUAUUGCAAGACAAAGAGUUAGCAGUGAACUAGUCAGCAGUUACUGCAAGCAGAACAAAAAGUAACCAUGGAGUAAGACAAGACUAAGCUGACAAAGGAUAGACCUCAUUCAAGCCAUCCAACUUUCACUCACUUUUCUUUUCUUUUACUUAAUUUUCUUUACCGUGAGAGUCUUGUGUUCUAAGUUUUGCCGCAAAGUUCAACCAACGACUUUUGCCGCUUCAACUUUAACUCCAGCCACGACAAAUAGACUUCCUUUCAUUUUUCCAGCAAGCUCAAACGUGAUUGAUUUUUACCUAACACAAUCCGGACCUUUAAGACCCUGCGACAGAUCAUCGACUUGGAAAACCCUUCUCUACACGCCGACGAGAAGAUUCACAUUUAAAGUCGACUCAAGCAAGUACCUCCAGAUUCUAAAGUUGAAACUGGUGCAUUUAAAUUAAUGAUUCAUGGUUCGUUCAGGUCUUUUGAAGAGCAUAUUUUGCUAGGAAUCCUGUUCAUCAUAUCACUCUCUCUCUCUUAAAACUCUUUCUCUCUCAUUUCCUUUCUUACUGCAAUGUGUAUGAAUGUGUGUGUGUGUGUGUGUGUUUGAGUUAUAUUAGUUUGUGUUAGAAUAAAUAAAGUCUCUUGUAGAUUUUAAUAGAAAGUGUCUUGUAUUAUGUGCUUCUAAAAUUUAAUGUCUUAAACUGUUGAUCUUAAAAGUUACCGCGCUCUAAUCAGUGUUUUCACGAUAGUGGAUAUUCAUAUCCGCUACAGGAGCUUAGUACGGCUCGAGCAGAUGAACGCUAGGCGAUUCAGUAACUCAUUAUAACUCCCUAUAAAUUAAUUUUUUCAUUUGAGCUAAUUUUGCUUCCUUUUUUCCUUACAUGUACAUCUUUUGACUCAAUUUCUCAUGGGCCUUCUGCCAAUUUGAUGGUCAACCCUUUUCCCAUGGGUCAAAUGAAACAUUGUAUCAAACCAGUCAAUACACCCCAGAGGCAAGAAGCCUUCACGUGACACCCUUAACAAUGGUCUUAUUCAUUUCACAGCCACCUGUUGUCUGGUGGAAAAUUACCAACAAAAUAUGCUCAGUGGCCAAGUUAACUUCUCAGACACAUCUGACCCUUACAGUUACAUAGGUCAAGAGGCCUCAAAAC